AUAUAAAAUGACACGCGGUAGUCCUAACGUUGUUUUUCAACCACAGCACCACCGAGGCACCGACUUAUAUAUAAAUAAUAAAUCUUGUUCCUCCCUGCACAAUCUAUCUUCUUCUACUCAGAGAAGAAUUAUCCAACACGAAAAGAAUCUAAAGCCAUGGCGUUGACUCGAUGGACUACCAUAUUGCUUCUUGUUCUCAUCACACUCUCUUCGAUUUCUUCUUUGAUUCAAGCCACUGAUGUUAACUACUGUGAUAAAGCUUACUAUGAUGUUAAAAUAAGCGGAGUUGAAAUAAAACCUUAUCCAGUGAAAAGAGGCAAAUCAGCCACCUUCAGCAUAGCGGCAUCUACAGAUAAAACAAUAUCUGAAGGACAAUUGUUGAUUGAAGUUGCAUAUUUUGGAUGGUAUAUCCAUAGUGAAACCCAUGACCUCUGUGGGGAGACCAGCUGCCCUGCUACUGGCGAUUUUGUUAUUUCUCACUCCCAAGUAUUACCUGGAGUAACUCCACCAGGAUCUUACACUCUUAAAAUGACAAUGACGGGUGGAGACGGACAAAAGCUGACAUGCGUCACCUUCGAUUUUAGUGUGGGAUGGUUUGCAGCAGCAGAGGCGAUAGCGGAUAUUUAAAUGUAUUUGUUUUCAUGCGAAAAUUAGACUGCGGAUGUGCUCUGUGUAGCUGUGUAUAUUAUUACAGCCAAUCCAGUUACCUACAAAAGGGAAUAAGUGCAUGUUGAAUGAACAUUUGAAAUCCAAAUUCUCGAACUACUAUUAGCGGUCUUACUCAUGCUCCUUGGACUUGUUAUGCUAUCCGAGUUCAUGUAGUUUAGUACAUCUAAAUCAUUUGGAUUUGAUGUAAACCCACAACAGUUGGAAUGUAUGAAGGACAGAAAUGUUUUACUGA